GGUUCUGCGGUCCUGGCGCGCGGCGCGGCUGGACGCGGCGGGCGGGGCGGAGGAUGGAGGCGGUAGCGUCCGCUUCAACGGUUGGGGCUGCGCGUGAGAAGGUGGCUGUGUAGGCACCUGGGCUGGGAGGAGGCCGGCGGCGGCGGCCAGGCCAUGGCGGGAGACCCUCUUCUCUGGGUGUCCUGAAGCGUGCUCCCUGAAAGACCAGGGAGCUCUGUCUCAUGGGCUCGCUGAGCAGCCGAGUGCUGCGCCACCCUGGGCGAGCCCGAGCUCAACAGGAGCCGGGUCCCGGCGUCGGGGGCUCUGCCCGGAGGCCCGAGACUGGCGGCGACGCGGCUGGUCACAGCUUCUGUUACUGCCCGGGUAGCCGCAAGCGCAAGCGGAGUAGCGGGGCCUUCUGCUACUGUCACCCCGACUCCGAGACAGACGAGGAUGAGGAUGAAGGCGACGAGCAGCACCGGCUCCUCAACACCCUCGAAGGAAAAAAAUUAAAGAGCACAUCCAAGUAUAUUUAUCAAACAUUAUUUUGAAUGGUGAAAAACAGUGACAUUAAGAUUUGUGCUUUAGGAGAAGAGUGGAGCUUACACAAAAUAUAUUUAUGUCAAUCAGGCUCCUUUUCUAGUAUGUUCAGUGGUUCUUGGAAAGAAUCCCGCAUGAAUAUUAUUGAACUGGAGAUUCCUGACCAGAAUUUUCUACUUUCAGCACUACAGGUUGCAUUUGGAUCUCUGUAUCGAGAUGAUGUCUUAAUAAAGCCCAGUCGAGUUAUUGCUAUUUUGGCAGCAGCUUGUAUGCUGCAGUUGGAUGGUUUAAUACAGCAGUGUGGUGAGACAAUGAAGGAAACAAUUAAUGUGAAAACUGUAUGUGGCUAUUACACAUCAGCAGGGACCUAUGGAUUAGAUUCUGUAAAGAAAAAGUGCCUUGAAUGGCUUCUAAACAAUUUGAUGACUCAUCAGAAUGUUGAGCUUUUUAAAGAACUCAGUAUAAACAUUAUGAAACAGCUUAUUGGUUCAUCUAAUUUAUUUGUGAUGCAAGUGGAGAUGGAUGUAUAUACAGCUCUUAAAAAGUGGAUGUUCCUUCAACUCGUGCCUUCUUGGAAUGGAUCUUUAAAACAGCUUUUGACAGAAACAGAUGUCUGGUUUUCUAAACGGAGAAAAGAUUUUGAAGGUACGGCCUUCCUUGACGAGCAAGGGAAACCAGUUGUGUCAGUGUUUACCUUAAGGCUACAGUAUAUUAUUAUUGAUCUGGCUUCUGCAAGGAUUAUUGAACAAGAUUCUCUUGUACCUUCAGAAUGGCUGUCUUCUGUAUAUAAGCAGCAGUGGCUUGCUAUGCUCCGGGCAGAACAAGACAGUGAAGUGGGGCCUCAAGAAAUUAAUAAAGAAGAACUAGAGGGAAAUAGCAUGAGAUGUGGUAGAAAGCUUGCCAAAGAUGGUGAAUACUGCUGGCGGUGGACGGGUUUUAACUUCGGCUUUGACCUACUUGUAACUUACACCAAUCGGUACAUCAUUUUCAAACGCAAUACACUGAAUCAGCCAUGUAGCGGAUCUGUCAGUUUACAACCUCGGAGGAGCAUAGCAUUUAGGUUACGUUUGGCUUCUUUUGAUAGUAGUGGAAAAUUAAUAUGCAGUAGAACUACUGGCUAUCAAAUACUUACACUUGAAAAGGAUCAGGAACAAGUGGUGAUGAACUUGGACAGCAGGCUUCUGAUCUUCCCUUUAUAUAUCUGCUGUAACUUCUUGUAUAUAUCGCCAGAAAAAAGAACUGAAAACAAUCGUCACCCAGAAAAUCCAGAAAACUGAGGAUCCUCAUCAGUUGGAAACAGUAGCACUUUGAAAACUUUUUAGGCCAGCUUUAAUUUAAUGGCCCUACUGAUAUUCACAUCUAAGCUUCCCUGGGAUUUCAGCAACAACAAAAGUCAGCUUUAGACCUUCAGAUGAACUUGAAUGAGGGAAAAAAUCAGUUUGAUUCUGAGAAUAUUCCUUUGCCUUACAUGGUCUUAUCUUUGACAUUCUGUAUACAUUUAUUAUUAGGUUAUGAAUUAUUUAUGUACCAGAUAAUACAGUUUUAAACAUUUUCAUGUUCUCUGAUCUUUAGAAUUAUUUAUGUUCAGAUUUUAGUUGGGAAUCCUGUUUCAUACUUAAGCUCAGGACUUUGUAACCUCUGAAUUGAGUGCCUUUGAGUUAUACAUACUAAUAAAAAUUUCAUAGUUAAUGUACAUAGGUUUGGAGGAUCUAAUAUAAAAGCUGAUAAUAAAACAUUAAUGUAAAAAUAGAACUUAUUUUUGUCAAAAAUGAGAUAUACACUUGUCAUGAUCUACAUAAGUUGGCUUCUUGUGUUUAUUGCUAUUUUGAAAAUAGCCAUGCUCAUUUUCCUUUCAAAGUAAGUACUUUUGUGGUUAAUGUAUAUUUUUAGUAUGUUUUUUAAAAUGGGAAUCAUUUUUAUGUAUCUGUGCAAAUAAUAAAUGCCCAUUUGGAAAAAAGUUAAUAAAUAGCUCUUAUUUAAAAUGGACAAACAAUUAAAACUAGGAUUUUUGUUUUGUUUUGUUUUCUAGUCAGAUUUUUUUACCCACUGCUUUUAAGUUUUAAAGUUAUUAGUUUUUCUCAGUAGUGUGUUGAUAGGUUCAUAAAUUGCUUUUGUCUUUUGAGAAUUCAUCCAUUUGGUUGAAAUAAAGGACGCUUUAAAUGCCUCCUGCUCCACUUUUAGAACUGGCUAUUUCAAGAAGACAUACUUUUUAAUUUUAUAUUUGGCUGUAAUUAUAUCUUUCUCAUGAGGUUUUUUUUUCUUUAUCACUGCAUAAGAGCUUCAUUAUCCUUUAUACAUUAAAAAACAAUGCUAGACUUCAGUUGGAUUAUUUGAAUAAACUUUUAUGAAUCUUGGAAGUAAAGAUAACUAAACUGAGUAUAUUGACAAGGAAAAUUAACUAUUUCAUUCACUUGUAAAUAUGAACUGGAGAAAUUGGAAUUAUAUCUGGUUCCUAUUCAUUGGUUCUUUCCAAGUUGCUUAUGUCAUCUAUAGACAGUAUAAUUAUUUCUUCCAUCACAAGCAGUUUAUGUUCUCAUUUGAGAAAUUGGUAAUUGCAAGCUAGUUGAGAGUAAAGAAUCUGCUUUUCUUUUCUUACCACUUACUAUCUGCAUAGCAUUCUUUUCAAUAGGAAUAUUUUCAAUAAAGUGGUAGUACUAUCAGCUGAAGUAUCAUAUAAACUAUUGUAUAUAAGCUUUUGUAUUUGUCAGCUCUUGCUUCUACCAAUAUUUUUUUGGUUUGGUUUUUCACUGCUAUGGCCAGAAAGCAGUAUGUAUCCAUUGAUAAUUAUUUUUGCUUGUUUAUCAGUAAAGAAGAGAUCUUUAAGA